AUGGACGAAGAAAAACCAGGUUUUUUUGAAUAGUUAAGAUAACUCUAUCAGAACAGGGAGAAAAUAGAGUCCAAGAUUGUGGGAUUCCAUAUGUAAAAACAAUUUAAGAUUUCUCAUCUCUUUGGCAAUGAAGAACAAAUAAAUUGCAUGGAUUUAAUUGACAUUUCUGAGAAUGAAUCCUUUAUUAUAGUAUGUUCUGAUGCUAAAAUCAAAUUAUAUUCACACACAACCAAAUUAGAUAAAUUAUUUGAGUUUGUUAUUCAAUUUGAAGCCAAUGAACAUCUUGACUAUGAUGGACUGAAAAAUGAGAAACAAAAAAAGUUUCUAAGACAUUCUAAAUAACUAACAACAGGACCUGUUAAAGAACUUAUAAUGUUCUGCCAUUUCGCAUACAUUCAUGACUAAUUAUAUGUAUUCGCAGGGGGAGACCUAGGAUAUGUCUACCAAGUUGAAAUCAAAGAAAAUCCAGAAUAUUUCUUACUUGAAGGACAUCACAAUGUCAUCACAGGAUUAGCUAGUAACAACAAGGGAGCAUUUUCAUCAUCUAAGGAUGGCUCAAUUAUUUAGUGGGAUGUCACAAAUAGAUAAAUUGUUUAAGUGCUUAGAGAUGGAGAUACGCCGGAAGCAGAAGUCUUGUGUGUGUCAGCUAAUUAAGAACAUGUGAUCGGAGCAUACUCUGAUGGGAAAUUGAAGUUGUGGACAAUUUAGGAUUAUAAAAAUGAUAGUUGGACUUAUAAAAUUAAUAAAUCGCCUACUAUCAUAUUUUAAGGUCCGUUGUAAGAUAUUUAUCCUCAUAUAACCUAAAUAUUCUUAUUAAAAUAAACUAUUGUAACUAAACAUCUAAAUGGUAUCCUGAAUUACUUUGUGUUCGAUUUGUAAGGCAGAACCAUAUCACUCAGAGAUUGGGAGAUGUCGAAUGAGAAUUAUUGGGAAAGCAUAGAUGUGAAAUUCCCAUAUCUGAUCUAUACUUGUUUCAAUCGUAUGCAAGUGAUUACCCUUAAAAAAAACAAACUCACUUAUGAAGCUGAGUUAGAUGUGUUGCCAUCUAGCAAACUCACAAUAUCCAAAAUAUCAAAUAGAUUGAUUGUUAUUGGAAGGAUGAAUUAAUACACAAUUUUAUAAUAAUGA